AUGGGAGAUGAGACAGAAGAUAUUAAUGCGAUGAAGAUCAAAGAAACCGGCCCCUCCUCCAUAAAAUUUCCAAUGCUAAACUCCUCAAACUAUGCGGUGUGGGCUAUGCGUAUGAAGAUAGCACUCAAGGUCAACAAAGCGUGGGAGGCUAUAGACCCCGGAAGUAAAGCUGAAGAAAAGAACGAUAUGGCUAUUGCCUUGCUAUUUCAUUCUAUACCCGAGGCCUUAACACUACAAGUUGGUGACCUAGAUAAAGCUAAAACAAUUUGGAAUGCGAUUAAAACCCGACAUGUUGGAGCUGAGAGAGUUAGAGAAGCAAGACUACAAACCCUAAUGGCAGAGUUUGAUAGACUUAAGAUGAAAUAA